AUGGAGCACAUGACAUCUCUGUUCGCGAGCAAAGGCAAGAUCACUGUCGCUGACAGUACACCCGCUCCUCCUCCGAUCGAUCCAAAAGACGGGCCUGAUCACAGCAUCAGUCCCUCCGAGGAAAUCCUAGCCACACUAGACAGUCUUUCGCAACUUAUCCAAUUGUCCAAUAGACCUUUGAAAACCGGCACGGGCGAUGGGUCUUAUGCUGUGACUUCGAAGACAGGAGGCUCUGCAGCUGAUCUACGUGCAUUGGGGUUGACAGACUAUGACAGCGUUCACAGCCUCUUGGAGCAGGAGCUCGGUACAUCCGAACUCACUGAUGAUAAAAGUUUGUUGCUGGAGCGUGUCAUACAGCUUCUUGCAAAACUACCAGCCGACUCAGACAACCGAAUCUCCUUGACGAAUGCCUUGAUCAGAAAUCUAUGGGACUCUCGUUCCCAUCUGGCUCCAUCGCUGUCGUAUUUCGGCGAUUACUACAACCACCGCCAACCAAAUGGAUCGCAUAAUAACACCGAGUUUCCGGAUAUUGGCAAGGCUGGAAUGGAAUACUGUCGCAGUGUGCAGCCGAAAAUUGCACAACCCAAUCCCAAACCCGAACCAGGCCUGGUCUUUGACACUUUGAUGAGUAGAAAGGAUGCAUGCUCUAUUACAUGGCGACAAUCAUCGCUCACGCCUUAUCACGAUGAUAUGACUUACAACACGACCUCAUCUUACCUGGAUCUGUCUCCGUUGUAUGGGAAUACUUCGAGCGAUCAGAUACAUAUGAGGACAUACAAGGACGGUCAAUUGAAACCGGAUAGUUUUUGGGCAAAGCGUCUUCUAGGGUUUCCUCCAGGUGUUGGGUGCAUUCUGAUUAUGUUCAAUCGUUUCCACAACUACGUCGUCCAGAAUUUGGCUGCAAUAAAUGAGAAUGGCCGUUUUAAUAAGCCUGCGAGUGACCUGUCUGAUGACGAAGCUGAGCCACUUUGGGCGAAUCGCGACGAAGAGUUGUUCCAAGUUGGUCGCCUUGUCACAUGUGGCAUGUAUAUCAAUCUCAUUCUCAUCGACUACUUUCGCACGGUCCUGGGUCUCAACAAAGUCGAGUCGACAUGGAACCUCAAUUCUCGUGCGGGAUUAAACAGCAAGGUCACGCCCAGUGGGACUGGCAAUCAAUGCAGCCUGGAGUUCAACCUUGUCCAUCGUUGGCAUUCAUAUGUCAGUCAACGAGAUGAGAAAUGGUCUCGGGAUUUGUUUAAGAAGCUCUUUGGCAAAGACCACCAGGAAAUCACUGCUCGGGAACUGCUAGCUGGGCUGAAGAAACUUGAAGCAGAGACUCCGGAUGACCCACUCUUGAGAGAUUUCGAGGAUCUUAAGCGAGGCACUGAUGGAAAGUACAACGAUGAUGACCUCGUGGACAUUCUGAUGGCUAGCGUCGAGGAGGUUGCUGGAUCGUCCGGUGCCAACAAUGUUCCCGAAGUUCUCCGCGCUGUGGAGAUUCUUGGAAUGGAGCAAGCUCGGACCUGGAAAUGCGCAACAUUAAACGAGUUCAGGUCAUUCUCCGGUCUCAAGCCAUAUACUAGCUUUGAAGCUUUCAAUUCUGACCCUGCGGUCUCAUCGAAGAUGAGGCAACUCUACGAUCACCCCGACUUUGUGGAAUUAUACCCUAGCCUUGUUUGCGAGGAAACCACGAAGCCAAUGAGUCCCGGUGUUGGUGUUAGUUUGUCUUACACGACCAGUCGUGCUAUGCUGUCCGAUGCCGUCUCUUUGGUCCGUGGUGAUCGAUUCUACAAUAACGACUAUCAUCCUGGAAACUUGACUAACUGGGGAUAUCACGAAGUUGCGUACGAUACCUCUGUGAACCAGGGGUGCAUGUUCUACAAGCUUAUCAUCCGCGCGAACUACAUGUUGUGCGGAGCUAGUCCGUUCUUCUCAGCGCGUAGGGAGCAAAUUAAGCAGUGCCUGUAUGCAGAGCAGUGGGCAGAUAAGAUCAAGGCUUUCUAUGAAGACAUCACCUUGAAACUCUUGGAGAAAUGGUCGUAUGGGUUAGGCGGCAAUACCAACCAAGUUGACAUCGUUCGUGACGUUGGGAACUCAGCACAUACCUACUUCGCUGCGAACAUCUUCUCGCUUCCACUGAAGAGUGAGGCUCAUCCAAAAGGACUUUUCAAUGAGCAUGAACUUUACAUGAUCCUAGUCGUGAUGUUCACACUUAUCUUCUUUGGUGAUCGCGAUCCAGCGACAACUUUUGCUCUACGAUCUGCAGCCCUGCCUCUAUGCCUGGCACUUGGUGCUCUUGUGGAACAAAACGUCAGCAUCAUCAGCAAGACUGGCCUGCUUUCUGGUUUCCUUGAUCCAUUCUUCGAAGAACACAAUGCACUCAAAGAUUAUGGAGUUCACAUGAUCAGAAACAUCUUAAGCACUGGGCUUGGCGUUCAUGCAACAGCAUGGGGUCAAAUCCUCGUGACCUCGUUCGCGGUGGUUUCGAAUCAGGGUCAGGUCUUUGCACAAAUCAUCGAUUUCUACCUACAUCAGGGCAAAGAACAUCUCCCAGAGAUUAAUCGCAUCGCCAAGCUUAACACCGAAGAAGCAGAUAAAGUUUUGCUCCACUAUGUGAUGGAGGCACUCCGGAUCGCUGGCACUAUCGCCGUAUCUCACCGAUGUAAUAAGGACAUCAUCAUUAAAGACGGCGACAAGGACGUUUCCUUCAAGACCGGGGACAACGUCUUUGUCUCCUACAUCGAGCUCAAUCACAACCCCGACACCUACCCUGAUCCUGAUGUCGUCAAACUUGAUCGUCCGAUUGACUCCUACACGGUAUACAGCAUUGGGACGCACGCCUGCCUCUGCGGAGGUGCCAGUAAAGUCUCGUUGAUCGCCAUGCUGAAGGUUGUCGGGAGACUUGAUAAUCUCAGAGCUGCACCAGGUGAGCAGGGUGAGAUCAAGAAGCUUCCAUUACCCGGCGGGUUCUGUCUCAAUAUGGACACCACGCAGAGUUCGUAUUUCCCGUUUCCGACGAGUAUGAAAGUUCGAUGGGAUGGAGGAUUCAAUGCUCCUGUUUGA